AUGGAAAAUAGCCAAUGUCUCUCCCAAAGCACUCGGUGGCAUCUGACUUCCCCGUUCCACCUUGGUUUUAUGGCAAGAUUCCUUCUAUCCCCCGCUCUGACUGCCGACGGUUGGCGCUUGGGCAAUAUCACUACUCUGGACAUGUCUGAUUGGCUCCACCAAUACGCCCAGCCAGAGGUGGUCCCAGUUAGUGCCCCAGUAAAUACUCUAUAUGGUGCAACGGAUCUAGAGUGUCCCCUUUGUCGGAACAAACGUCAGCACCGCGAAAUGCGAGAGAACUUGGGGUCCUUAACCGUCAACGAGGGCCUCUGUUUGUUCCGUAGAGGACAGGAAUGUGCCACCAAUCCCGCCUUCUAUUCACUCAGUGCGUUGGCCCAGCACCUGGAGACCCAUAGUUCGAUGGAGGCAGACCUCGUGCUUCGGAAAAUCGUGGAUUACCUGGAACUGUUCGUCCUACAAAAGAAGCUAUGUGGGCUGCUCUUUCUGCGGAAACCAGUCACCUCGGUCGUGGGAUUGUAG